AGAUUACUUUAGCAAGAGGCAGCCAUGCAUGUCAAGGUCACUGCCUUUUAAUUUGAUUAGAGAGUUCUAGCUCGCUUGAUCCAUAAUGGCGGAUUAACCUUAACAUCGAUCGACUGGAAAUUUUGCAGUUUCGAAAUUCUCAACAAAAGCAAUCGCAGGGAACGCUUGAAAGAAAACACACCGUUAUGAUUGAUGACGUAUUUACAACAACACAGGAUGCUGCAGUUGGCAAAAAUACUUUUUUCACUGAUGUCAUUUUAUAGCGGGGUUUGUUUGGAUAUAGCCGAGCCGUUUGGUAGAAUCAAUUGCAAAGAAAGCAAAAUAGACAAAAAUGUCACAUUAGCAGAAGGAAGGAAUGCAGGGCGUUUCCUGAAAGCAAACAACUCAAUCACAUCAAUGAAGCAAUGUGUAUCGCAGUGCUGUGGAAUUCGUGACUGUGACUUGGCCUUUAUGCUUAACAAAGAUUGCUAUUCAGUCAUUUGUGACAGUCUAGAGUCAUGUGCCCCAAAGAGGAAUGACAAAGGGUCAAAGGACACUCUAAUAGCCUAUGUUGCAAGAAAAUACCAUCCCAAAUAUUUAGAAGCAACAGAGGGCGGAGAACCAGCUGUAACAGAUGAGCUUGAAGCAGAAUAUAUUGAAGAGAAUCCUUUUAGUUUUGAAGAAGAUGGGACAGAGGAUGACGACAAUAAUGCCGAGACAUUUAAACUGAGCCGCAAAAGGAGUGACGUACAGACUAAAGAUUUGAUAUUGGCAGUUGGUUGCGGCCUCGUUGCAGUUAUGGUAGGUGUUGCGGGGGUAAUCAUGAUGACAAGAAAACUGGUUGAAGAAGAAGGUCGGGGGGUUGCAUACGACUGGAUGUCUACAAAGCGAGAAUCUGCAGGGAUGUAGCAAUACAUCAGUUCAGAUGCUUUAAACAUUUAUGGAUAGAAGCAGACUAUGGACACCAAACAUCUUUCUGUAUAUAAAAUGCAAAAAAUUUAGGGUUUAUAUGUAGGAAACAUUUUUACAUUCAUAUUUGAUUUACAAGUCUUCUAUUUUGUUAAUAUCCUUUCAAGUCAGGCUUGGUAGCUGUCGCUGGAUGUAUCAAAAUGAAAGAGCUGGUUCUCAAGGCAUUCAAACUCUUCUUGCUAUGAAAGGGUUACUGCUGUCGCGCUUCUCUGACUAUUAACUACUUCUGAAAUAGCAGUUUAGGUUCAAAUCGGAGGCAUUAACAGAAAUAUGUCAAAAAUAGGUCAAUAACAAAUGAAGGCAUUGGGCACUUGUCAGCUUAAAGUCAGAUUGCAUUGUGGGAUACGUGAAAUCAUAUUGAUGGCCAGGUUUCAUGAUACUGAUUCGUUGAAAUAAAUGAGAAAGCAUGGCUGCUUUCCCUUUGUUAUAUCACAACACAAUUUACGGCAAAACUUUGAAGUUAUUUGUAACCCGUUUCCUUCAUUGACCGACAGUUCAAUCUAGAUAGAAGCGCGAACUUGUAGAGUUACCACACAUGUUUUUACUCUCCCGCACCAUUUUGAAAUACUUUCUUGCAGUUAAAUCAGUUUCAAAACAUAAAGAACGAAACUGAACAAUACCAGUUAGAAUUUAAAAUAGGGGGACACACAAAAAAGCAGCGGUCUGCGAAAAAUUAAGGUAUAUAAAAUAGAUUUUAAAAGUUAACAACAUGAAGAAAAAUUUAAAUAAAGUUGGCGAUCCUCAGGAAUCGCAGUAACAGUGAAGAAAACAGCGAAAAUGAGAUUUUAACUAACAAUGUUAACAUUAAAGACGUUUCGCUAAAAGACGAAAAUGAAAGAAAACAAAAGAGGAGGGAGUGGACAGAGGGAAGGGGGGGGGGG